GGCGAGUGUCGCUUCCGGAGCAGCAUGGCGGCCACGGAGGACGAGAAGCUGGUGGGGAGCGGAGAGGGAGAGCGGCUGGAUUUCCUGCGGGACCGGCACGUGCGCUUCUUCCAGCGCUGCCUCCAGGUCUUGCCGGAGCGGUAUUCUUCGCUGGAGACCAGCAGGUUGACAAUUGCAUUCUUUGCACUCUCGGGGCUGGAUAUGUUGGAUUCCUUAGAUGUGGUGAACAAAGAUGAUAUAAUAGAGUGGAUUUAUUCCUUGCAGGUCCUUCCCACAGAAGACAGGUCAAAUCUAAAUCGCUGUGGUUUCCGAGGCUCUUCAUACCUGGGUAUUCCAUUCAAUCCAUCAAAGAACCCUGGAACAGCUCAUCCUUAUGACAGUGGACACAUAGCGAUGACCUACACUGGCCUUUCAUGUCUAAUUAUUCUUGGAGAUGAUUUAAGCCGAGUAGAUAAAGAAGCAUGCUUAGCAGGCUUGAGAGCACUUCAGCUUGAAGAUGGGAGUUUUUGUGCUGUUCCUGAAGGCAGUGAAAAUGACAUGAGGUUCGUGUACUGUGCCUCCUGUAUUUGCUAUAUGCUCAACAACUGGUCAGGCAUGGAUAUGAAGAAAGCCAUCAGCUACAUUAGAAGAAGUAUGUCCUAUGACAAUGGGCUGGCACAGGGAGCGGGCCUUGAAUCUCACGGAGGGUCCACCUUUUGUGGCAUUGCAUCACUGUGCCUGAUGGGUAAAUUGGAAGAAGUCUUUUCAGAAAAAGAACUAAACAGGAUAAAGAGGUGGUGUAUAAUGAGGCAGCAGAAUGGAUAUCAUGGAAGACCCAAUAAGCCUGUUGACACCUGUUACUCAUUUUGGGUGGGAGCGACUCUAAAGCUUCUGAAAAUUUUCCAGUACACUAACUUUGAGAAGAACAGGAAUUACAUCUUAUCAACUCAAGAUCGCCUUGUGGGGGGAUUUGCCAAAUGGCCAGACAGUCAUCCAGAUGCUUUGCAUGCAUACUUUGGGAUCUGUGGCCUGUCCCUAAUGGAGGAGAGUGGGAUCUGCAAGGUCCAUCCUGCUCUGAAUGUAAGCACACGAACUUCUGAGCGCCUUCGAGAUCUCCAUCAAAGCUGGAAGACCAAGGACUCUAAAGAGUGCUCAGAGAAUGUCCAUAUUUCCACUUGACUGACCUUGGGGUAAUGGGUUUGUAGCAUAACUGUAGCUCAAGGUUAAAAGCCAUGUGUAACCAAGUGUGCUCUUUUUUACAGGGGUAGUCUUAAGUCAAAGCUUGUACUGCUAACACUUCCACUGGACUGGAUUUAAAGAAAAUUCUUGUUGAAGUUGGGAACCUCAGCAGGACUCUGUUGUGGUUCUUAAAUGUUUAUAGUGUGUUUCUGAGAGGUUUCUUGGAAUAGAUUUACCAAAUGUAUGUAGGUUAUCUUCUUAAAACCCUUCAGUACAAGUUCUGGCUUACAAAAUGGAUACAAAUCUUCAAGUUUACACUUCAUAUGGCAUUGAUAAUCUUCAGGUGAGCAUUUAGUGAUCACUUAAAAAAAUCUCUACUGCUGAUGGGAAGAAAUUUGCUUUAUUGAAUUAAGUAUCUGGGGUUUUUCUUUAAAAAUCGAUGGUCUCAUAAUUUUCUUCAAGAAUAACAUAUUUUGUGUUAUUCUUAAGAUGUGCCAACUAGACUUGUGUAAGCUAUCCAGAUGAAAUUAAAAGUUCAUAGUAAGAAAAAAUAGGCUUAACUAAUGCUAUAGUUUUCUAAAGAGAGAGUAGUGCAUAACUGAGGGAGAAGGUCAUGUAAUUAUGAAUGAGAAGGGUCUGGGUUGUCUUUAUUAUAGGUUCCUUGGGUGAGUACCUGUUGUCUUUUGUUUUAAUCCCAAAUCAUUGGCUUUUGUCGGGGGCAAGGGAAGAAAUAAUCUUUGUUGUCCAGAAAAAAGAUAUUCAGUGUUCUAUUCUUCUGAGGUUCAUGACACUGUAAAUUAUACUUGUAUGGUUAUAACUGAGUUCUUUUUAGUUGCUUCGAUUUUUUUUUUCCUUUUCAGUAUUUUGUAGCCACUGUAGUUAGCUGCUUUAUCUCCCACCAGGUUGAGCAUCCUUAAUCCAAAAUUUAAUAUCUGGGCCAGGCAUAGUGGCACAUGCCUUUAAUCUCAGCUCUUGGGAGGCAGAGGCAGGCAGAUCUCUGUGAAUUCAAGGCCAUCCUGGUCUGCAUAGUAAGUACCAGACCAGACACAGCUGCAUAGUGAGACCCCAUCCUGAACUGAAAAAGCAAAACAGCAACAAAAAUAAUAAAAUCCAUUAUCUGAAAUGCUCCAGAAUCUAAAUUUGUUGACUGACAGCAUGACAUAAUUGGAAAAUUCCACCACUUCAUGCAACAGGUCACAGAUGAAUUUCAGGGACACUGUAAAUAGUAUAUAAAACUACUUGAAAUUACUGAGUAAAGUGUAUGAAAUAAAUGCAUUCCAUGUUUAGACUUGGGUCACAUCCACAAGGUAAAGUGCAUAUGUAAAUAUUCGAAAAAUCUGAAAAUAGAAUUGAAAAUCUGAAACAUUAUGUUUGGUUCCAAGCAUUUUGGAUAUUGAUACUCAACCUGUAAAUAAUUUUCUAAUGUUUUCAAGUUUGAUAAAUCUUUAAAUAUAAACAGAACCACUGAGGUAUACAUAGUCAUUUAUAUUUUUAUAUUUUUGGCUACGUGGGAGGGAAAUAUAUCCAUCUAGAGGGGAUAAAUUAUGGUUUCACUUAUUCAUUGUCUUGUUUUGUUGUCUUAAUUCUAUGAACUAACAACCAAAAGAAACUGGUGUAAAAAUCUUUGUUAGCAAUCAGCUUGUCAAUAAAUCACAUCCAUGACUUGGUGACAAGAAGGAAAUUUCUUCAUUAGAGGAAAUGAGUGUGUUAGUCUUGCUAGUAAUAAAAGUUGUAUUAUUAAUCUACAGACAUCAUUGUAAAAGCUAAAUUAUCGGUGUCACUGAGUAGAUAAUAGCAUUUUCAUUAUUUCCUAAACUAAAGAGACAUUUCCUAAAUAAAACAUACUUCUAAAGGGAAACAGCAUAUGAUUAAAAAGAAUACAUGGCUUAGUUUUAGAACUGACUUUGCAAAGUCAAGUGGAACAGUGCUGGGAGUCUAGCUCACUUCACUGCCUGCUUUGCACAGGCCCUGGGCUCCCUGGCUUUGAUCCUUGGCCCCCAAACUAACAAACCAACCAAAUCCUCAUUAGAGAGGAAUCUUCCAGUGGUGGAGAGAAAAGCUUUACCAACAACUGUUAUCCUCCCAGGAGUUGUUCCAGUUGCUUCUGUUUAAAUCCAAGCAAGUAACAACAGUCCUGCCUCAAGCUGAGUUCUCUCUUGGCCAUUAAGAACUGAAAGAGCGUGUAUGCAAACGCUGUAGGUGUAUAGCAGGAGCCAAUGUUUUCCCUGAGUUGCUGCUGUCAGUUGUUGGAAGGUAAGAAAAUUGGUUCUUAAUAAAGAGAAGAUUUAUAACAGAAAAGUAGUUUGUAUUUGCAAACUCCUUGAGUAAUUUACUGGCAAAGAAAUAUUAUUGGCAGAAUAAUUCUAAUAUACUCUUAAGAGUAUACUUAAGAGUAUACCUUGGUUCCAUGUGAUACUUUAUAGACCAGUGAAUGUUGGUGUUUCAUAGAAACAUAUCAACCAAAAAAUGCUGAGUUGUUUUGAAGUGUGAAAAAACUAUUUUUAGCUUUUCCUAAAUAGAUGUGUCUAAGAAAACAUUUAUUAAUAAAGUAAAUUAAAAGCAAUGUUUCAUAUAUAAUCUGUUCUCCCGCAGUAGGGGCACAGUAAGAGGAGAAGCAUGAAGUUCAGAUGUACCAAGCCGUGCCCUCCUAGCCAACCUCUCUCCAUCUCCUCUCUCAUUGAACUUUGGAAGAGUAGUAGCAAGGAACAUUUAUUUGUCACCUACAGUUUUAGGUUUGACCUGCAAUUCUUGUUUUUAUUAGAUUUUUUAAUAGGUAUAAAUAAUAAAGUUCAAAUAUAAAUUUUGCUGACAAUGGUCAUAAUUUGAAGUGCCAGACCUGAUAGUAUUUGAUAAACAUUUGAUAAACAAGAUGACUUGAAGUUUAAAUUACAUAUCUGCCCAUUGAGCAGCAUGAUCUUGGAUCCAAUUCCCCUAUGGUACAAUGAAGUGAGAAAUAGAAUUUCAUUCACUAGGCUGAUUCAGGUUUAAACGAGAUCGUAUAUAAAAAACACUUUGCAUACAGUGAAUUUCUAGUUAUGGUUUCAUAUGACCAUAGAAGUGUUUUUAAAAUCUCUUGUACAUGGAAAUCUUAACAGGGUUUAGACUGAAGGAAGAUGCUGCCAACAAGAGCAGUUUCUAAACUUUCCCAGUGAGUGACAGAGGAAGAUCAGGUAUCACCACAGGCGCUGCAACACUGGGGACAGGUGGUCCCCAUGAGCCUCAGCACAGGUGAAAGAACAAAUGUGCCCUACCUGUGCAGAGGGUAGAGGAGGAAAGUACCCGGGUUCUGAAGCCCUGCAAAUUGGAGAGCUGUGGUAUUGCCAUGUUCUCACUACAGAGGAAAUGGACCGAUCUGAAAAUAAAGGCUGAAACUCAGAAGAGCUCUCCAGAUCCUGUCAGCGGUCUGGUGAGUGCGGGGCAGUGGAAGGUGUGUUGAUUACAGUAGAUAGAACAGCCUGGCCUGAUGCCAUGUACCUUUUGAAAUUAAUGAGGUAAAGCACAGCACUGGAAAGAAACUGCUAGAAUUAGAAUCAAUUGGACAGGAUAGGCCUAGGACAUAAAGCAGAGAUAGCUAAAAUAAAUGUUGGGAGGAAAGGCCUGUAGACAUAGAUGCAGAAUUAUAGGCAUACAUAAUCAUUUAAAUGACAGAAAAUGGAAGGGUGCUGGGAAGAUGGAGCCAUUUCCUAGAGCAACCCUUCCUUCUGAACAAUGACUUAACUUAAAAAGCAGGUGAGUAUUCGGUCCCCAGAGUUGGAGCAGUGCCCUCCCAGGUGAGAGCACACCGGACCAGUGAAACCUAACACUGAAAAGGUGGUGACAGCAGCUGUAGUGUUUGCAGUGACACGCACGGCCUCAGAAUUGCAGCAAGGAGCAAAAUGAGACCAAGCAAGGAAGGAGGCAGGAAGAAAAGCAAAGGCAGUUAAUCUAAAGCCAAGAAGUGCAAAAGCUCCGGCCUUGGCAUGGUAAGGAUGCUCAGGGAAACAACCCAUCAGCUAACCUCAAAGACACACAGGAGGAGCAUGUAGGAGAACAUAAAUGACAAGGGGAAGGGCCAUUAAACACAACUGAUUUCAAGUUGUCUUAGGAAUCUCACACAAAUUCAAAGGUGAAGUUUUUAGAGAAAAAUGUAAAUUGAUAAAAUUUAAUACAGAGACUAUAACUACCAUAGGGAAAUGCAAAUAAAGACCAUUGUACAAUCUCGUAAGAUUGAAGAAUCUCAACAUUGCAUUAAUAAUUCCAGAGGCUAGAGAAAGAAUCUUGAAUCUUAAAUUACUACAUAAAAGAAAUUUUCCCAUGUUUACUUUGUAAAGUUGGCACAAUCACAUUAAUUUUAAAACAUAACAAAGAUUAUGCCAAAAAAGGAAAUCCUAAGUCAUUCAGGCUUGCUAGUAUCUCCAGACUGGGACAGUAGUUCUUCUAGUAGUGUUUGCCACUCAACCAUGAAGACCUGGGUUCGAUCCCCAGCACCCAAGGCAAAAACUGGGCUUGGUGUUGAACACUUGUUCCCAGUGCCAAGAAAGCAGGAAUAGGCAGAUCACUGUACUUUGUUGGCUAGCCAGCCCAGCCUCAUCGAUGAGCCCAAAAUCCCCCUGUCCAGCCCUGCUGAGAAAAUAAGGUGAGGCAGGUGAGCUGUUUCAGUUGGUAGAGGCUCUCGCUACACAAGCCUGACAACGUGAAUUAGAUUUCCUAUAACCCAUGUAAAGGCGAAGGGAGAAAACCAACUCCACGGAGUUGUCCUAUAACUCCAUGUGUGCCAUGACACAUGUGCCCACAUACACAAAUAAUACAUUUUAAAACCUAACAUGAAAAGCUGAAGAACAACUGAGGUUGACUUCAGGCCUCCACACCUGCAGACACAGACAUAAAUAUCAAUAAAAAUCAUUCAGCGAAUUGUUAGGCCUGCAACCCAGUAGCACUUGAAAGAGAGAAUAAAAUUAUGGCUCAGUAGCAUUUGUAUUAGGAAUGCAAGUAUAAUUCAGUUUUAGACCAUCUUAAUACAGUGUUAAAGAAAAGACAUUUGAUCUGAUAGAAUUAAGUACUCAUAUCAGAAAAUGAUAAAGAAUUCACUAACAUUGCACCUCUACCCUAGAGGCAAGCAUCCUACCAUUGAAUCCAAAGAGUCUUUCUGACGAAGCCAGAACAGGAACAUGCUCACUCUCUCCUUUACUAAACACCACAUGAGAACUUUAGCCAAGGAAGUCAGAGCAAAGACAUGAGUCAGGAAGAUUCAAAUCUGGCAAAUAGGAUCAUCUACUUGAAAAACCCAAAGGAAUUUGUUGAGACACCAAACCGUCAAAGAACCCAAGUAGCAGCAGUAGUCAAGGUGCAGGCAGCCUGAGGACUUCCUUUCCACGUUCCCACCAGAUGUUGUCAGAAAUGGCCUUCUUUCAACCACUCCUUCCCUCCGCGAAGUAAUGCUCUCAGGACUGGCUUGGUCACCCGCUAGGUUCCCUGUGUGUGAGCUCUCUGUAAGUGCGACCAUCUGCUGUACACUGUGUUUUACUUGGCUUCUCUGCCCUACAAGAGACUAAAGGGCGCCCUGGUGCUGGUUACAGAGGUGCGUUCAUUUUAUGAGUGUUUACCAGGCUGUGCCAUCAGUCAUGCUCUGUGCACUGUUCUCUGUGUGUAAAUUUAUUUACAAUUCAAUAAAAGUAUUUAGUAAAAGAAAA